AUGGCGCCAUGGGGACUGACCACCUUGUCUCUCCUUACUACAACCAUCAGCAUCCUCAGUAAGCCUACCGGAUACCCAACAUUUCUCGAGAAUGUAAAGCGCAACGCAUUCUCCUUUUCUCCAUCCCAGUCGGCGAUCCUGGUCGAGCUACUGCUCCUUGAUUUCCUUGGCUGGAGACUCUUGAACCUCGCCGACCUGCACGCCGGCUUACUGAUUCUCAACCAUUAUUAUUUCACGUCGGGCCCGUCGGGUUUCGAACACAACGUGUGGUGGCGUUUCACGCGGCGCGUGUUUCUCAUGGUCGGAACAGUGCCGCUGUACGUGACUCUGCUAAGGUCCGAGAACUCUCCAUGGAUCAAGACCAUCGUGACACCGUUGGUCGCUGAGUCUAUGUUGGCCGAACUGUUAUCUUUACACUGGGACACUUCGGAUGUAGACUUGAUCUAUAAUCGAGACUGGCCUCGUCGUACGCUCAUUGUAAAGCCUGCUAACCCGCCCACUUACAACCAUCAUAAGAGCCGAGAAACCGCGGGUGAAAAGAAGACGACAGAAGAGAACAGAGAUGCGUUGUCAUCCUCUGUCACUACAGAGAACCUCUGCGACCGGGUACACGGGCUCUGGUCGCCAGCAGCCGAGGCAGAUGACAAGCACGAUCCACGAUCGUUGCCUCCGAACGAUUCCAAUUUAGAGAAGAUUUUCUCUCCCACGUACCAGGCCCCGGUGGGGAAGUGUGGGCACUGGCGGUGUCUCCUCUAUCUAGGCAUAUACAUCGCCGGUCGGGUUAUCCGUUGGCCAUUGUUGUUUGGCGAUCUGGCGUUGAUCACCUGGCUGCUACACCGCGACCUGCAACCCGUGACGCUCCUAAUUGCGGAUAGUUUGCUGGACAUCCGUCUGGUUAAGGAUCUGCUCUUAUUGUCGUACUUUGCAUCCAUCCUUCUCCUCGGAUGCAUCUCCAUUGUGGUCGCAAUUAGGCUGCUCUUCCGCUGGAUGUGCCAACAUAUCUCCUCCUUACGGCGCCUACAGCAGUGGUUCCAAGACUUUGCCAGCGCGGCUCCAGUCACCCACAACGCCAUCCACCUCGUCGGACUAAUGACACCUUAUAUUCUGUUCUUCUGCUUUAACAGAACUCUAACGCCGUGGAUCCCACAGUUGUCCCGGAAUGUGCUCUCAAUUAUCAUUCAGCUCAUUGUGAUACCCAUCUUUUACGCGAUGAUGUAUCUGCUGGUCUGUGGCAAGGAGGAUAAUGAGGGUAUCCCUGCGAGCCCUGAACUCCAGCCCCAAGCUGAGCCAACGUCGGAUGCAAGCCCAGGUCCCGAUAGUACCUCCCAGGAUAACAAGACAGACGCAGACAAGGAUGCCUCCGGUUCCCACCGAUCGAUGAAUGGAGACCGCUUCCAUAUAUUGCGACUUGGCCUACUUACGUCCACUGCGACCAUCUGGUUUUUCUUCUGUCGUUAG